GCGGGGGGUUGGAGCGGCAUUGCUGCGCGCUUUUCCAAAACCGUGAAGGCGUCGAAGUCUGAGGUGCAGGGCAACGCGACGUGGAAGCGCUUCUUUUCGCAGCGACGCCAUGAAUCCUCCCCUCCAAUUCCCGAAUACUCUUGAGCGGAUUUUUGCACUCCGUGCGUCGCUAGUGGAGAAAGUCACACUGGACCAGUCUUCGAGCUCGUGUUGAGGUGAAUUUGCUGAACCUCAUCCGAGGAGUUAGUCCUUUGCCAUGGAUAUGGCGGCGUGUAGGGGAGUAGUAGUAGUAGCAUCAGCAGCAGCAGCUUUGUCUGCCCCGAAGGCGCCUCUCUUCAGGUUUAAUGAAGUUCAGCUGUUUGCAAGUGGACCAGCCGGUGCUGAUUCGUCGCCUCUACGGAAGGGAAGACGUUUCGAAAGUAAUGCCAGGCGGAUUUCAAGGGGUGUGGUUGCAGCUAUGAUAGAAGAGAAGGCGCCUGGUGUAGCCAUUCCGGACCCUGAAGCAGAGAAGGUGGAAGCGGACAUUGUAAUCAUUGGCAGCGGCGUCGGAGGCUUGUGCUGUGGCGGGCUACUUGCGCGUUACGGACAGGACGUACUUGUGUUGGAGAGCCAUGACAUCCCUGGAGGAGCUGCACAUUCUUUUGACAUCAAAGGAUAUCACUUCGAUUCAGGGCCAUCCCUGUUUUCGGGACUUUCAUCUCGUGGACCGCAGGCUAACCCUUUAGCACAGGUGUUGGAUGCCCUCGGGGAGCCAGUUGACUGCGUGCAAUACAACUCAUGGAUGGUUCAUGUUCCCGAAGGGCAGUUUCUUUCCCGGAUUGGUCCCACUGAAUUUUACAAGGAUUUACUGCAAGUUGCUGGACCAGAUGCUGUGGCAGACUGGCGCAAGCUUCAGGAAGCAGUUCUUCCUCUGUCGACAGCUGCUAUGGCGCUUCCCCCAGCAGCCAUACGCACUGACUGGGGGGCCCUAAUCACUACCUUAGGGCGCUAUGGACCUUCAGUGUUGAAAACUCUCUUACAAUUGGGGCCACAAGGCUUAAGCGGAGCUGGGAAGUUGCUGGGGCCCUUUUCUGUGCUUGUGGACUCCCUCGAGAUCCGCAAUCCGUUCGUGCGUAAUUGGGUAGAUCUGCUGUCAUUCCUCCUUUCUGGUGUGAAGGCGGACGGAACGCUCGCUGCAGAAGUGGUCUAUAUGUUUGGAGAGUGGUACAAACCAGGGUGUAUGUUAGAGUAUCCACGAGGUGGCACUGGGGCCAUUAUCGACGCCCUGGUGCGAGGCUUGAAGAAAUACAAGGGUCGUCUCUCCCUCAACUCACAUGUUGACACUAUUCUCAUUGAAAAAGGUCGUGCUGUAGGCGUAAAGCUCAGAAACGGACAGGUUAUUCGUGCCCGCAAGGCAGUGAUCAGCAAUGCAUCAACAUGGGAUACUGUUCCUAUGAUUCCUCCGAGAGACCUCCCUAUGGAACUUCGGACUCGAGCUGAAAGUACACCCCAAUGUGAUUCUUUCAUGCAUCUCCAUCUAGGGAUUGAUGCCAAGAACCUUCCAAGUGACCUACAAAUUCACUAUAUUGUGGUGAACGAUUGGACGCCUGGGGUGGACGCUCCGCAGAACGUUGUUCUCAUCUCUAUCCCAAGUGUACUCGACCCAUCGCUGGCACCUCCAGGGAAACAUGUAUUACAUGCUUACACACCCGGCACGGAGCCAUAUGCCUUAUGGGAAGGUCUGGAUCGCAAAAGCGAAGUUUACCGGCUGUUGAAAGCCCAGCGAGCUGAGGUAUUGUGGAAAGCUGUGGAGAAAGCACUUGGGCCAAGCUUUUCGCGCGACAGCUGUGAAGUAAAGCUUGUGGGAACACCGCUAACACAUGAAAGAUAUCUUCGGCGUAAGCGAGGCACCUACGGGCCAGCCAUCCGCGCUGGAAAAGGCCUGUUUCCGAUGCCGGCAACUCCUAUUGAAGGUCUCCUCUGUUGUGGGGACUCCAUAUUCCCAGGAAUCGGAAUCCCAGCUGUAGCCGCAAGCGGGCUCGUCACAGCGAACACUUUGGCAGACGUCUCGGACCACACUAAACUCCUGGAAGCCCUUGGGCUUUAAGUUUUUCUAUAUAUUUAUUUUUCACGAUGAUUCAGAAUAGGUAACUCAUUUGUCAUCAAUAUUACGAUUAAUCUUUAGCAGACUGUAAGGUUAGCAGUGCAUUUGCAGGACUGUAAAUUGGCUCCUCGAAUGCAACGAAUUCUACAUUUAUGGAAGGGUUUGAAUUGCGUUGCAAAAGUAUUGAAUCGCAUCGACUGUUUAGCGCUCCGGAAACAGUUGAAACAAUUCUCGAAGACUUUGAAAGCUCAAGCACCUUUGUAGUUGUAGAUUCUCGAUCAUUUGAUUUAUGCUUGUAAUUAUGGUGUCUGUUGGAGCUAUUCUUUAGUUUCGGCCUCCAACCGAAUGACCAUUGAAUUCAUAUAUCCUAGCUCGUAUUCGGUGUAGCCACAUGAUUUAGAGUAUGAAGACUGUUCUGUGAGUUGUUCAAUUUUCUCUUAGUCUAAGUUGUUACAUUGUGGGCACUUUAUUUUAAGGGGGCAAGGUGAAAAGUAUUAAUUUUCAAACA